CACCGAGGAAGAAAUGUUAUUCCUCGUUUUACUGGUGUAAUGAAUGUGAGAGGCACAGUGACUGUACACUUUGGGAGGGAGUUGUCAGGGCAAAAAUCCAUUGCAUGAAUGUAAAACUAUGCAAUGAACGGGGGCACAAUUGUUAUUUUCUAUUUCAGCUGGAGAGGGUUGGUUAAAAGGGGGGCAGUAUUUCCCAUUUUCGCUUCUACAGAGCACACAGUCUGUGUUGUUUUAGUAGCGAGUCAAGCAAGCGGGCGCGCGCUGUUGAUGGGGUACUUGAGCUGCAGAUUUGCUCAGCACGCUCACGGAACUUGUCUAUCUGCGCGACAACGUGUUUGGCUGAGUGGUGGCUAAUGGCUGCCAUAGAAAGUGAGUAAGACAACAACAAAUGAAUCCUUGAGAGAAGACGAAAACAGAGGAUGGUGAGCAGCCAGCCGAAGUAUGAGCUGAUCCAGGAGGUGGGGCGUGGCAGCUACGGUGUGGUGUACGAGGCGGUGGUGAAACGCACUGGAGCCCGGAUGGCCGUGAAGAAGAUCCGCUGUCACAGCCCAGAGAAUGUAGAGUUGGCCCUCAGGGAAUUCUGGGCCCUGAGCAGUAUCCAGAGCCAGCACCCCAAUGUCAUCCACCUUGAGGAGUGUGUCCUGCAGAGAGAUGACCUGGCUCAGAGGAUGAGCCAUGGGUCCAGCUCCCCACUAUACCUAGAGCUGGUGGAGACAUCUCUGAAGGGAGAGAUUACCUUUGACCCCUGCUGUGCCUACUACCUGUGGUUUGUCAUGGACUUCUGUGACGGAGGAGACAUGAAUGCUUACCUGUUGUCCCGUAAACCCAGCCGCAAGACCAACACCAGCUUCAUGCUGCAGUUAGGAAGUGCCCUGGCCUUCCUCCACCGAAACCAGAUCAUCCACCGGGACCUGAAGCCUGACAACAUCCUCAUCUCCCAGGGAAGGACCUUGGCUGGAACCCCCGAGCCUACCCUGAAGGUUGCAGACUUCGGCCUAUCCAAGGUCUGCUCCACGUCGGGCCUUAACCCUGAGGAACCAGCAUCUGUCAACAAGUGUUUCCUUUCCAUGGCGUGCGGCACAGACUUCUACAUGGCUCCAGAGGUGUGGGAGGGCCACUACACGGCUAAAGCAGACAUCUUUGCCCUGGGCAUCAUCAUCUGGGCCAUGGUGGAGCGCAUCACGUUCGUGGAUGUGGAGACUCAGAAAGAGCUCCUGGGAAGCUACGUGCAGCAGGGGGAGGAGAUCGUGCCCCUCGGGGAGGCGCUCCUGGAGAACCCCAAGAUGGAGCUGUUGAUCCCUGCCAGGAUGAAGAGCAUGAAUGCCGGCAUGAAACAGCUUAUCAGGGAGAUGCUGUCGUUCAACCCUCAGGAGAGGCCUGAUGCCUUUGAACUGGAGCUCCGACUGGUCAGGAUCGCCUGCAGAGAGCUCGACUGGGACACGUGAUAAUGGGGAUGGAUAGGAGGGGAGAGGACCAUGGGACUUGUAGUCACAAUGUCAAGAACAUGUAUCUAGGCCUAAUUCACCACUGUUUGCUCCUGUGACGGAGGCCACACAAAUAUUAUUUUUCUCUCGCUCUCUCUCGCUCUCGCUCGCUCGCUCUCUCGCUCUGGGAACAAUUCAAAGUUUGCAAAGAUUUUGGCUUUGCAGUUGGAUAUCGGAUCGGAAGUACUGGUAAACCUAGCUCAACAGGUUGACAGCCAGUCUGUAAAAUGUUUUGUUUUGAAUGUUAACAUGGCAAGGCUGUCCAUAAGCACAUUCAGCUGUCUGUCUUGCAGAAGGGGAUGCGUUGCUAGCUACCCCACUGCUACUGGUUUAGGUUAAACUGUUAAAGUUGACUCUGUAGUUUGCCUACAAAUGCUACCCCAGACUCUGUGGUAAUAUUCAUACUAAAGUUAUGAUACAGGGAGACUAUCCUGUUAUGAUAUGGAUGCAAUUAUACACACAGGUCCACACCUCAGUGAUCGUAAACUGUGCACGGCUGGUUUUACCAGAAUUCUGUGACCACACCCUGCUCUUCCCUUUCAACAAACAGGCACACGCACACUUCCCACUGCUCAGGUAAAAAUGAAGAUAUACUGUUUGUUGGGAUUUGUAGACAAACAGCUGUUUUUGAAGAGAGAGCAACAUGACAUCAGAGGCCUGUGUAUUCUGAGCUGGCCCUGAGCCAACUAUGGGAAUUAGGCUUGUGGGAGCUGACAGUCUUGGUAUGCCAGUGCAGACCUAACCUAGCAAUUCCAGCCCAGUGCAGACCUAACCUAGCAAUUCCCAGCCCAGUGCAGACCUAACCUAGCAAUUCCCAGCCAGCCAGUGUCAUGAUUGGCCCAGAAUGAAAAUAAUUUGAGGAAUGGAGUGUUUGGAAUGUAAAUUAAAUUAAGUCACAUAACUUGAAGACCAGAGACAACAAGCUGCCUGUUCUAAAUGCAUAAAGGAAUGUGUUCCUACCCCAAACAACAUCAAUAUGUUUGGCUGAAGAGUCAGUGUCCUGCUUGUAUUAAUAUAAUAUAGAGCUUGAAUUUAGACUUGAAUUCUCAUAAUUGGAGGUCAGUUUAGUUAUGAAUUAAACCUGUGUGAACGGUAUGGUUAGGGGUUCUACUUCAGUGGCAAUCAGUUGACAACAAAUGCACUUUUAUUUUGUUUUCCUUUAUCUUAACUUACCCUGCUAUCUAUCACCUUGAGAAGGCUGGAUAUGGUGUGACGACACCAGUGUUUACUAGGGGCCUUGGAGGACGUAUUGUCAAACAGUCUACUUAUGCAUGCAAUGCCUCGCACCUUCAAAGAGGAAGAGAGAGCGAGGGGAGACACCAGCACAGCACACACACCUCCCUGAGCCCAGAGGCGCAAUAGUUUGACACAAUACCAUUUGUUUAACCUUCUCUUUUAUAUAUAUACAUAUACAUAUAUAUAAUGUGUGUAUGUGUGUAUAAAUAAAUACAAAAUUAGGGCCAACUACUGACUGUAGUUGCCCCCGUUUUAAUCUCUCACACACACCUCAGUUUACCCUGGCUCGUACCGGUAAUCCCUUUCUCCAUGCUUCCUUCUGACAGACCCAUACUAAGCCUAUUUAGGCUUUUGGUAAAGUUGAAAGACGUACAGGAAGGCUCAUCUCGGGAUCCCGGCUUAUCGCCUUGCAAGUCCAAACUUUCUGCGCUUCUAACAGUUGUGGGAGCGUAUCAAUACCAUCAAAUGUUCAUCUGAAAAUGUAGUUUGAGUGGCAUUCUUAAACAGUGGCAGAACUUGUAAAAUGUGUUUCGUACGACCUGGCUGUCACCUGCAUUAUUACUACCUUUUUAAAAUGUCUUCCAUUGCCAAAAUACUCUUGUCUUUCAUGAUGUUAACAUACUUUAUGCUUUAUUUGAAUAUCUCCACACACUAGCACGUAUAGCACUAUAUUGUUUGAUUUUGUGUCGGCCAGGCACAUUUUUGUUGAGAAUUUUGACUUUGGGGUUCUUAUCUCAACUAUUUUACGCCCAAAAUGUUAGCACGGGUUGUGCUUUUAGAUGGAUAUUGUAUUAAAGGGGAAAUCAGUAGUUGCUACAUCCAUUUUUGGACUUAGCAUUCAUUUAGAAGUACCCAUUGAUUCAUGAAGAAUAUAAAUUGAUGCCUCAUGAGUUUAAACUGUUGUACCCCAUCAGAACGCAAAAUAUACUGUCUACAAAACAUUAGGAACACCUUCCUAAUAUUGAGUUGCACCAUAUUUUGCCCUCACAACAGCCUCAGUUCAUUGUGGCAUGGACUCUACAAGGUGUCAAGCAUUCCACAGGGAUGCUGGCCUUUUUUGACUCAUGCUUCCCACAGUUGUGUCAAGUAGGUUGGCUGUCCUUUGGCUGGUGGACCGUUUUUGAUACAUGGGAAACUGUUGAGCUGUGAAAAACCCAGCAGUGUUGCAGUUCUUGACAUUCUCCAACUGGGGCACCUACUACCAUGCCCCGUACAAAGGCACUUAAAUAUUUUGUCUUGCCCGUUCACUCUCUGAAUGUCACAGUCCAUAUCUCAAUUGUCUCGUGGCUUAAAAAUCCUUCUUUAACCCGUCUCCCCUUCAGCUACACGGAUUUUGAAGUGGAUUUAACAAGGGACAUCAAUAAGGGAUCAUAGCUUUCACCUGGUCGGUCUGUAAGCGCAGGUGCUCCUAAUGUUUUGUGCACUCUGACUAUAUACUGUAUAUGAGCUACUACAGAGGUUAGAGGAGGCUCAUGGACGUGACUGGAUUACUACGUUCUGUUUUCAAGGGCCUUGACAGUGAGUUGUAUAUUUGCUGUGAUGGGUUUUCUUUUUUUUUUCAACAGUUACUUCAGCUUCCGUUAUCUUCUGUCAUUGAUACAGAAGUGUGUUUAUAAUUAGUUGGAUACUGUAUUGGUGUGGUGGUAAUUGUCUUCAUUGGCUGAAAGUUGGUUUGUGUAACAAGAUUGGGUACACACAACCGGGGUCAACAACUCAAACGUCUUUGCUGCUUCUGAUGAGCUUGAUAUGGGGAAAGAGCUUGUUGCCUGAAAUAUAAUCCUACCAGACUCCGAUGUGUCAUCUUUGGUGAAAUCUGUGUCCCAUAUGGCACCCUAUUGCCUAAGUGCACUACUUUUGACCACAGGCCCUGGUCUAAUAGUACUAUAUAUAUUAUGGAAAAGGGUGGACACACGUAAGUGCCCUAUUCAGAACAGGACCCAUUACAAAGAGAAACCUCAUCAGUUGAAAAUAACCAAGCACCAGUGUACAUUACAACCAGGUGUGUGGGGGGAGGGGCUCAAACUUUUCUAUGAACAGUAUUUCAAUGUAAGAUAUUUUUGAAGAGAUUAAAUGAAAUGGAUCAAUACAUUCUGUAAUAAGUGUCAUUCAUUGUUGAAUUAUAAAUAAAACCAACAAAUAAACUAUUGUAUUAGCAAAGUC